AAAGUGGUGGUGGUGAUCGUGGCAAGGACGGAUGCAGCCCAAAUGGAAGGUGGCGGAGGGUGGCGGCGGUGGCGGAGGAGGAGGAGGAUGCGGUGGCGGGGGAGAUCAGCGGCGGCGGUGCGUGACGGCGUCGUUGUCCAUGCUGAUCGCGGGGACCCUGGCGUUUCUUGCCUACGUCGCCUUCUUCCCGUAUGACGGUUCCGGCGGGUUGUACCGGUGGUGGAGAUGCGAGGGCUGCGGCGACGCGGCGGGCGGGCUCGCUUUCGACGACGAGGCUACGGCAGAAGGCCCUACGCCUGGUGGCGCAGGAGGCCGCUCGCCGACGACGCUGUCGCACAUCGUGUUCGGCAUCGGCGCCUCGGCGCGGACGUGGGACAAGCGGCGCGGGUACGCGGAGCUGUGGUGGCGCCCCGGGGAGAUGCGCGGUCACGUCUGGCUCGAUGAGCAGCCGGUGCGGAUUUGGCCUGCGGCGACGUGCCCCCCGUACCGCGUCUCGGCGGACGCGUCCCGGUUCGGGGACCGGGCGUCGGCGUCGCGGAUGGCCAGGAUCGUUGCGGACUCGUUCUUGGCCGUCAUGGCGGAGAUGGCGAACGGCACCACCGAUUCCCCCGAGGCGCGAUGGUUCGUGAUGGGCGACGACGACACGGUGUUCUUCCCUGACAACCUGGUGGCCGUGCUGAACAAGUACAACCAUGAGGAGAUGUACUACGUCGGGGCGCCGUCGGAGAGCGUGGAGCAGGACGUGAUGCAUUCCUAUGGAAUGGCGUUCGGCGGCGGUGGGUUCGCGGUCAGCUACCCGGCCGCCGCCGGGCUCGCCAAGGCCAUCGACGGCUGCCUGGAACGGUACUCGCUGUUCUACGGCAGCGAUCAGCGCGUGCAAGCCUGCCUCAGCGAGCUCGGCGUCCCUCUCACCCGCGAGCUCGGAUUCCACCAGGUAGACAUCCGCGGCGACGCGUACGGGAUGCUGGCCGCCCACCCUCUGGCGCCGCUGGUGUCGCUCCACCACCUCGACCACAUCGAGCCCAUCAGCCCCCGCGGCCGCGGCCCGCUGGACGCCGUGCGGCAGCUGGUGGGCGCGUCACGGCUCGACCCGGCGCGGUCGCUGCAGCAGGCGUUCUGCUACCAGCGCGGGCCGCGAUACAUCUGGUCCGUGUCGGUGGCCUGGGGUUACACGGUGCAGCUGUACCCGUGGGCCGUGGCGCCGCACGAGCUGGAGGUGCCACUCCGGACGUUCAAGACGUGGCGGUCGUGGGCCGACGGGCCGUUCGUCUUCAACACGCGGCCGCUCCGCCGCGACGACGCGUGCGCCCAGCCGGCCGCCUUCUUCCUCACCGGCUCCCGGAACGAGACCUCCGGCGGCGGCGGUGCCCGCCGCCGGGCCACCACUGUGACGGAGUAUGCCAGGCGCGCCGCGAAGCCGGGGGCCAAGGAGUGCGACCGGCCCAGCUUCCUCGCGGCGUCCACGGUCAGCACGGUCAGGGUCUUCGCCCCCAAGAUGAGCCCAAACGUGUGGGCACGGGCGCCACGGCGGCAUUGCUGCAGCACGAAGAGGACGAGGUUUGGCACGGAGCUGGAGGUGCGAAUACGGUACUGCGGCCGAGGAGAGCUCACCACGCCGUAGCUCUGCCAAUGAUGGCGCCGCGGUUUUGCCACAGCACGGAGGGCUAGAUGCCAAGAUACGGUAGCGGCUUGUGCCUCACGACACCCAACUGACUGCUGAAGAGGACGGUAGGGUGAACAAAGGCUUUUGUCCCUAGGCAGCACUGGACCGUAUUUAGCUGCUGGGUUUUGGACGAAUUCCGCUUGUCUUCGCCGAGCACAUACAAGUGACUAUACGGCUUGUCAGGCCGCAGACACAUGCUUGCAUACCCGGGUGCACAUCCAUCCGUUUGGUUCAUGCACUCUUUCUGUAAAGAGAGCAAGCUGUUUUGGCUACCUGGAGAUAAGAUUGAGCUAUCGAUCUCGAGUGUAAAGAAUUAGUAGGACUAGCAUCCGAAAGAUGGUGUUUUGGGAAAUAGGGGAAAAAAAGAGAGAUUUAUGUGUUCGGUUAAUCUAUCUCCUGUGUUAGUUCAAUCCUUGAUGGACCAAAACUGCUUAAUGAAUAGAAAGAAAUGUUAAAACUAAUAAUGGGCCAUCGGCAGAUAGCCCAUUAACAAAGACACUACCAGAAUGAAUUUAAAUUUAAGUGGGCCUACCAGAUAAAAUAAGUGCCUGGGCGGACU